GGAUCUGGGAGCAAGCGAGCGGGCGCGCGCACGCUAGACGGCAGCGCCCGCUCACUGGGGAGGACACCCUCCCAUCCCCCGCCCCCAGGAAAGUAGCACGAUGGCGGCCGCGGGGGGUCCCUCCGCGCCACUGCACUCUCGAGCCGUGAGUGAGCUCUGCCAGAACGCCCGAGACACCUUUCUGGAGGCCUCACGGCUACUGCUCACCUACGCGGACAAUAUCCUCAGACACCCAAAUGAAGAAAAAUAUAGGUCUAUUCGGAUUGGAAAUCCAGCGUUUUCGACUAGGUUGUUACCUGUCAGAGGAGCAGUUGAAUGUUUGUUUGAAAUGGGAUUUGAAGAGGGAGAAACUCAUCUUGUUUUUCCUAAGGAAGCCUCAAUUGAACAACUACACAAAAUCCGAGAUCUGAUUGCUGGAGAGAGAAAUAGCAGAUUAAGUGAAUCAAGUCAAACCCAAAGAUCAGGAUCUUCUCAAACUGUAACCAGCAUGCAGCCUAUUGUACCUCAGUCUUCAACAGCUGUUGACUCAACCCCAAUCCCUGUCAAUAGGCAACUACAAACAUCAACUGCACAAUCUGCUGCAAUGGAGGCUGAAACAAUCUUCUUUAAAACCCUUCAAUCAAACUUUCAGCAUGUGCAAGUGUAUGAGAACCAGUCUCUUCAGAAGAAAGCAUUGGCUUCUAUUCCAGUCCAAGCAUUGAAAGAGAGAGCUCAAGAAAAGUUAGCACAAGCCAAAAAAGUGGAUGAAGGAACCCAUGUGAAUGAAGAUGAUUUUUUGUUGUUGGAGCUCUUGCAGUGGUUUAAGGGUGAAUUUUUCCAAUGGGUGAAUAGCCUUCCUUGCAGCAAGUGUGGUGGUCAGACAGAAUCUAAAGGUAUCUUAUCACCUAACGAUGAAGAUCUGAGAUGGAAUGCAAACAAAGUUGAAAAUCAUCACUGUAACCAGUGCCAGUUCAGCAAUAGAUUCCCAAGGUAUAAUAAUCCUGAGAAACUUCUGGAAACAAGAUGUGGGCGUUGUGGAGAGUGGGCUAACUGUUUUACACUGUGCUGCAGAGCUAUAGGAUUUGAAGCUAGAUAUGUCUGGGAUUCAACAGAUCAUGUGUGGAGUGAGGUAUAUUCUUCAUCCCAGCAGAGAUGGCUUCAUUGUGACCCUUGUGAAAAUGUCUGUGAUAAACCUCUUCUCUAUGAGAUUGGCUGGGGAAAGAAGCUCUCCUAUGUAAUUGCAUUCUCCAAGGAUGAGGUUGUUGAUGUCACCUGGAGAUAUUCCUGUAAACACGAAGAAUUACUUUCUAGAAGGACACAGGUCAAAGAAGCAGCUUUGCGUGAAACCAUAGAGAGGCUUAAUAAACUGAGACAACAAUCCUUGUCAGAAAGCAGAAAGAGAGUGCUCCUGGAGAGGAUAAUUGUGGAGCUUGUUGAGUUCAUUUCUCCCAAAACUCCUAAACCUGGUGAACUUGGUGGAAGGAUAUCUGGUUCAAUGGCUUGGAGAGUAGCCAGAGAUGAAAUUGGUUCAGAGAUGAGAAAAGAAGUCAUUUUUAUUCCAUCUGGGAAAGAGAAGACGUCUAAACUCUUCCACCUCAGUUACAAUAUAGUGGAAGAUAGCUAUACACGAGUUUCCAAUAAUAAUGAAAAAAUCACUGGCUGGGAGAAAGGUGUGUGGAAGACGGAGUCUCUAUGGAGAAAGGUUGAAACGGAUUGGAAAAUGGUUUAUUUAGCCCGAAAAGAAGGGUCAUCCUCUGCUUACAUCUGCUGGAAGUUUGAGUGUGGGUCAGUUGAUCUAAAAAUAGACAAUGUUUCCAUUAGAACGAACAGUCAGACGUUUCACAGUGGAAGAAUAAGGUGGAGAUUGCGCUCCAACAUAGCGGAAGUUGAUCUGACUGGAGAUAAAAUUCUUCGCUCCUAUUCAGAUUUCUCUGAUGCAACAGAAGUUAUUUUGGAAGCUGAACUAAGUGGAGGGGAUGGUGAUAUUGCAUGGCAGCACACCCAGCUGUUUAGAGAGAGCUUAAGUAACUCUGGAGAAAAUUGUUUGGAGAUAAUUAUAAAACUCAUUGGUCUCUGAGAAUCUAAGCAGAGGAGAAAUGCUAUUGGCAACAGGGAUUUAUUGUAUAAAAUAUGCUGUGGAUACAAUGUGAGGACUUGAUUGUCAAUUACCAUAGUUCAUACCGCUGGCAUUUUUUUUCCCAUUUGCCAGUUUUAAUUUGGCCAUCAUGAAAAUAAUAAAUUUUAUACUAUGGACCAUAGAGAAACAUUGGAAUUUUGCAGGUUUUAUUUUUG